AAGUGUACCAUCUCUCUGGAGCUUUUAUAACAAUGCUUGCAGGAUAUCAGUCGAUUCAAAGCAGCAACAGAAUGACAGCAUCGAAGCUAUCGCUCCUUGCUCUAUGUCUAUCUCUUUUGGUUUCUGCAUCUGUUUCACAAAAUUGGGACACGUUCGGUGAAUAUGGAUUCGGUGGAUUUGGCAAUGUAACCCCCGGUGCUCGCAUGGCUAAUUACUGUAAUCUGUUUAACAAGGAGAAGCACGACCAAGGAAAGGGCUGCAAUGGACAGGUCUUAAAGAAAGUUUAUGAUAAAGACAAGGAUAUUAACCAAAAUGAAUCUAUGUUAAGGAUCUUCAGACUGGCGAGGAGAGGGGCAUUUUGUUACAAGGAAGGAGCUCAUGUUGUGACUAUUAGAUCACCUUGUCAUGCAAUGGAAAUUUCUUGUCGUCCAUAUUCCCGUAGUUUGGUCGAUAACUGUUGGAAAGUGGCUCAGCCUCCAACUCGUCGACCAGACACUCCUGGCCCUAAUCCACCCAAGGCCCCCGAAACUCCACGUGGACGAGGCAUCUAACCAUCCAUCGAUUUCUUUAAACGCAUCCGGGAAAGAAGCGCUGGACACAGAGACUCAGUUUGUGAUGGAGAGUGGCGACAGAGUUUGAUGUGGCUUUCAACUAACAUUGAAUUUCUGUCAUGGCUUCCUCAACUAAACAUUAUCACAAGAAUCAGGAGGACAAUUUGAGUUCAGCAAAUACUAGCAGAGCUUCGAAAAUCACCGAUAAUGCUACAGUCCGACCCACAAAACUCUGAAAGGCUACAGACCGACGUAUAGUAUGCCAUAUGAAAUAAGGUACUGUAGAAGAUAUGAAAUCUUUGUCUUGAGUCGGUAUCGUUGGUGUGACUAAAGCAAAACUGAAGCGGUCCUGUAUCUUUACGAUGGCGGCCCAUGUGGAAGGUGAUCCAGGGAAUCACGGUUAUACUACUGGGUGUUCAUGGAUGCACCUUUACCGUCGAUAGGGAUGCUUUGAAAGGACUGCUACCAUUCCUAUGACUAAGAACGCCGUUUAUACCAAUCGCCCUUCUCUAGUUAGCAUUUGUACUCCCCUAUGUUGAAGUAAUAUAGUUUUGGCUCAGAUAGGCUAAGAUUAACAGUAUAGGUUUCCUGCUGAGUUUCAAGGUCGGCCAUUAGGCUAUUAUGUUUAGAUGUUGAUGUAAAACACAAAACCUUUUACAAUAUUUGUUUUUAAUGUGAAUAUUUUGAAAAAUAAAAGUAAUAAU